ACCACAGUAAAGCAAUUGGCAAUUAAAAAAAGAGAGAAACAGAUCAAAUUAUAUAGCCUUAAUAACAAAAAUAAAUAUAAGAAAAAGUAAUUUGAGGAAGAAGAAGGUAAUAACAGCUGGAAAUAAUCCAAAAGACUUCAGAGAAGAGGUGGAAAUUGAGGAAGAUAAGGAAUCUGGAUUUGAAAAAGAAAUGUAGACUUUUCCAAAUAUGUGGCCAUGAUUAUUCUCUUUCAGGACCAGAGGUUCAUCUGCUACAAAAUUAUAUCCUCUGAUGAGGGCAGAAUUUAGUAGCUAUAGAUUUUCAUGUUCUGCUUGUAUAUACAAUCUGUCCUCCUUGUGAUUAUUAGUCAAACACAAACCUAGAAAUGGAACCUUUCUACCAGGAAUACCUAACAAAUCAAGGAACUGUAGUAAAACCUUAUCAUUGGCUGGCUUUGACUCUAGAUUGUUCUAGGUGUCCUUAUCACAUCUGCACAGGCGAAAAAGCAAGAAUUACCCAUAGCGAAUUUUAUCAGCUCUUUGGAUUUCCUUGUGGGCCAAGUCCUCAAACCCAACACCUCACAUUUUAUGAACUGAAAACUUCUUCUGGCAGCCUGGUGCAAAAAGGUCAUGCUUCUGGUUGCAGUGAGUACGAUACCCACCCAGAAUCUAUGUUAUUUGAGAUGGGCAGUUAUCUGGAGGCAGUCAUUCGUAACAAUGACAACAUUGAGCAUAUCUUUCUUUAUUCUAACUACUGUCCUUGUAAUGAAGCCAACCACUGCUGCAUUAGCAAAAUGUACAACUUUCUGAUGAGGUAUCCAGCCAUCAGUCUCAAUAUUUAUUUCUCUCAACUGUAUCACACAGAGACCAACUUCCCUGUUUCAGCAUGGAACCGUGAAGCUUUACGAAGCUUGGCCAGUUUAUGGCCUCAGGUCACGGUGAAUCCAAUGAGUGGUGGAAUUUGGCAUUAUCUUCUCUAUCAUUUUGUGAGUGGUAUCUCAGAGGCAAUUCUGCACCAGCCACUUUGGCCUGCAAGAACAUUGGCUGACAGGCAUAAUGCUUAUGAAAUCAAUGCAAUCACGGGAGUGAAACCAUACUUCACUGAUGUACUUCCUCAGACGACAAUGAACCCAAACACAAAAGCUCAGCUAGACUUACAGAGAUACCCUUUAAACAAUGUGUCUCUUCAAGAGUCCUCUCAAGUGAUUAACAACCAACUACCUUCCACUAUGGUGGCCCCAGAACAGAGAAUGCCUGUCAUUUUUGUGUUAGUACCUUUCAGAGAGCAGCAACCACCCAGUGCAGGUCAAAACCAGCCCAAACCAAAGAACAUUGUAAGGCACUUAAACAUGCCUCAGAUGCUAUUACAGAAAACCAAAGAACCCAUAAGACCCCCUGCUGGAAGAUUAGUAGAGACUGUAGAAAUCACAGAACAAUUUUCAAGUGGCAAAGAAGUAAGCAAUAAGAAAAAAGAAAAAGAAAAAAAUAAACCCACAUUUUUAAAAAGAUAAUGUGAAGAUGGCUUAUGAGAUUGUUGAGAUGUGUUUGAUAGCUUUCAUCCCUGUAUCAGCUGGAUCUGGACUAUCUCGAAAGCAAUCACACUAAAAAGCAAUUCCAUUAUAUUUUUCAUAAUGUCAACAGUUUGCAGCCACACCACUUUUAAUAACACUUGGAAAAUUUUUCCAAUAAACAACUUGAUUCUUCUUCAAGUGGUAGCAUCAAAGUGGAACUAUAAGUCAUUCUCCAACAGUUUCAUAUGGGAAAGUAUUGUUUUUCCAACUGGCCCACAUCAUCGAGUCUUUAAAAACAAACAAACAAAAAACAAAAUUACAUGGAAUAAAUUGAAUCUUUAAAUUAGUUUCAAUAUAUUUUUUGUGAAGUUUGAAACCUGCCUGAAAUAAAAGACAUUAAAUGCUGUUCGCAGCAGCAAACCAGUGAUUUUCCAUUAAUCCUUGAUUGUCAGCAAGAUAGUUUAAACAGCCCACUUUUUCUAAAGUGAUUAAAAAUAAUUAUGUGCAAGGAGAAGCCAUUCUACUCACUGAUUUAAUGCAUCUAUGAAAAUAGAUUUUUAAGCUUACUCACCCAGUUAUGAUGAUUUUUGCCUACCAAGGUUCUUUCUCAAAUAAAAUUUAGUUACCAGGUAGAUAUUUGGGUGAAUGGGGCAGUUAACCUUGAACAUAAUACCUAUUCCCUAAAAUAUAAAAUCUACAUCUUUCUAGCUGGCUUUCGAAUUUCCUCUCCAAUAACCCAUUUCAUGCAUAUAUGUCUCAUCUUCUCAAUUUGUUUAUAACUUUCUAGAGGAUAUGGGCAGUGUUGUGCUUUUUAAAAAAUUCCCUUAGAAUCACAAUACGAUACCUCUAUGUGGUGGAAUCUGAUUUUUCCUACCUCAUUAUUGAUUACUCCUGCCAUAUAACUAUUCUAGUCAAUCAUUAUCUUACCAUACCUAACUUCUGAUUUGGUCUUACCAUCUUCCGGCUCUUGUAGUAUCCUUCUCCACCAAUUAACAUCCCUUACUUCUUCCAAAAUAUGGCUUAAUAUUCCUCUUCCUGAUUAACCUGUUCACAGCUAUGCUUACUUAUUCUUUUUAUGACAUAGUGAUUUAUAACUCACUUAUAUCCUGUUGUCUAAAUCAAAGCUUCUUAAAUUGUGGGUCAUGAUAUAUGGGGUCUUAUAACUGAAUAUGGAGUUGUAAAAUUAUGAUUUGUUAUCAGUAAAUAUUUGAUUUGUAUGCCAAUUUUAUAUAUCUAUAUACCCAAGAUCAUAUUAAAAACUUCUCAGCCAAAAAAGGGUCACACAUGGAAAAUAUUUUUAAAGUCUUAGUCUAAAUUAUAGUAAGUCUUUUCAAGUAUGUAUAUUGCCAACCAGAAGUAAAGGGCUAGUAUCCAAUUUUUAUAAAAUAUCUUCCCGUAGUUCUCAGCACAUAAUGUGUUUCAAUAAAUGUCAAGGAUUAGCUCAGGAAUUCAGAAAGAAGUACCAAAACUAGACACUUUGACUCUUCAGUAGCAUGACAAUGGUGAUACAGAUUGCAUGCAUAUGAGAAAUCAGAAGGUGAAUAUGGAUAUUACAGUGCUGUCUCAACCAAGCAUUCAAAUAACUUAAAAAUCAUUGAACAAUUUAGUUUGCUCUGUGACUCCUACAGGAUUACCCUAUUCACAAUCCUAGAAAGCUUCUGGGACACUAGAGUCAGCUUUAGAAUUGGAAUAAUCCUUGGUUCUAGGUUGGUUCUGGUCCAUCUCAUUGGUCCCAUAAUGAACAUGAUUGAGAUAUAAAGAGAUAUAUCUCAACUGGUAUGUUCUAGAUCCCUCUUCUCUUCUACCAAGUCUUUAUUUCUCUGAUGUAUAUUAAAUUGGAAAUUCCAGAAUAUGAAAAUAAACUUCACACAGGGUAAAUCAUCCUGGGUAAGUCAGUGUCUUUCAAUUUUCUUAACUGCAUUAAAAUUUGGUGCAAAGACUAUAUAAUCUAUUAGGUUCUAUAGUCAGAAUAGACUGCUCAAGUAGAUCAUCCAGAAGCACAAUCAAAAUGAAAAAAAGAGACUAAGGAAUUAUUUAUUCAUAGUAAAUAAUCUCAAGAAAUUCUGGCUUAUGAUGAAGUUUAAAAAAAACAAAAAACCCUAGUAAGAACUUCUGAUCAACAAAACAUUCUAUGAAAGCCUAUUUAGUGAAAUUAUUAAUUUUUUUAGAUUAAUUAUAUUUCAUUCCCCUGCUCAGAUUCUGGGCCUUUGAGUGAAUUUCAUGUAUAUUACCAAUUUGAGUCCUGUAGUAUAAAAAAAAUGAAGACAAAAAUUUUUUUGGUGGAGGAGUGAAAGUUAACAUAUUAUUAGGAUAAGCAGAUAAAAAAGAUGAGGAAAGAGGAAGAGAGCAAUGCUAUGAUCUUUCAAAUUUCAGCAAAACUCUGGACUACAAACACUUUUAUUACAAGUCCCUACUACCAAUGGGAUAAAGUUAGAAUUCUGCUUGGCAUUCAAGACUCUUCACAAGAAGAUACCGCCCUCUCCCUUUUCAACCUUUUAUAAUUCUCUUUUAUGCACUCCCAUCCAUGUGCCCCUGACAAAGUAAACUGUUUGCUCCCUGGUCUUCUAGCCACUAUACCCAAAUAUCCAUUCUGUUCUCCUUUAUUCGUAAAUUUCCCUAUUCCUAGAAUAUCUUUCUCCCUAUCCCUGCUUUGCCUGCUAAAUUUCUACCCAUUCUUUUAAGUCUUAACCCCUAUGCUACAUCCUAUGCGGAUAAUUUUCUUGAUUGUCUACCACUGAAAUUUGGCAAUAGGCUUUCUCCUCAGACCCCAUAAACACUUUGUAAUAUAUUUGAUACUAUCUCUACUAGAUGGCAACUUCAUUUAAGGCAAGGUCAACAUCUAAUCUAAACCUUGUCUGUAGUUAGGUUUUUCUAAAGGCAAAUUUGUAUUGUAAAUAUUUUACAUGUAAUACAUAUUCUUAAAACUCAUUUGGUUAUUUCAAUUCAAUUUGAAAAAUGAAACUAUGUUUCAUUUAGCG